AUGACGAACGCCGACGACGCCGCCGACGACGCCGCGGCGGAAGCGGCGGCGAACGCGGCGAAAACCGGCGAUGGACCGCGCACGGGACGCGUCGACUACGGCGAUUUGCCCUGCCCGGUGAAGUACGAGGAGAUGCAAAGAGAGGUGAUGAUGUCGCUGAAGGCGGAUCUGUUCGAGGGCGCGAGGUUUGAUUAUAACAAACAGCUGAAUCAGAAGUUCUUCUUGAGCCACGGGUUCUUUCUCGGGAACGUGGAGGUGCCGGCGCAAGGGCAGAUUGUCAAGCUGCCGACGUCGACGUACGAGUUUGGGGCAAACGUGGUCGAUCAGGAUUACAUGCUCGUGGGGAGAAUUCUGACGGAUGGUAGAGUGAGUGGUAGGGUGAAGUAUGACUUGAGCGAUUGGUUGUCGCUUAAGUUGCAAUCGACCAAGGAGCCGGGGUUUUCGCAAGUGAUGUUUGACGCCGACUUCAAGGGUUUGGAUUACCAGGCGCAGUUGAAGUACGGGAGCGGAAAGUUUUACGGGGUGAACUACUUGCAGAGCGUCACGCCGACGCUGUCCUUGGGUGGGGAAGGUUUCUAUUUGGGUACUCAGGGCAAGUCCGGGGUCGGGUUCGCGGCGAGAUACGCGGAUGACAAAACCGUCGCCACCGGGCAAAUCGCCACGACUGGGCUGUUGUCGCUCACGUAUUGCACCAAAGUUAGCGAGAAGGCGAUGCUGGCGAGCGAUUUCUUGUGGAACUGGAACCAACGUAGCGCACAAGCGAGCGUGGGAUACGAUUACAUCUUGCGCCAGUGCAGAAUUCGCGGCCGCAUUGACAACCACGGCGUCGUCUCCACCUACCUCGAGGAGCGCCUCAACGUCGGGUUGAACCUCAUCCUCUCCGCCGAGGUCGAUCACUUCAACAAAAACCACAAGUUCGGAUUCGGGAUGACCGUGGGAGAAUAG